AUGGGAUUUCCAGUUGCAUACACUGAUUUAAUUAUCCCCAAAUUGGUGGUAUAUGCUGACGGCAUUAGGACUUGUGCAGAAUUUAUGUACGCUCUGCUAUCUGUAUUACGGCUGGGUGAUUUUCUCGAGCCGGAAACGGCGUCGUUUGCGUCGCCCGAUUAUUGUAGCGCGGUGCUGAUCCACGAGCUGUUGCCGGUGGUGAAAUUCGCAGAUUUGGAGAAGGAUCUUGACGAGCCGGAGAGGUGCUCGGUGUGCCUGUGCGAAUUCGGUGGCGAGGACGAGAUCCGGCGGCUGAGGAACUGCCGGCACAUAUUCCACCCAUCUUAA